AUGGCGUGGGCAGUGGCAGCGACGGUGGCAGAAACCCCAGGGUGGGAGUAUGGUAUUGUCAUCCCUCCUGCUGAGUUUCCGCACUUCUGGAACGCUGCUGAGAAGACCUACCACACGCACCGGCGGCGACGUUGGCUCAGGAAGCGUUUCCGGAACCUCGGCAGGGAGACUCAACAAAACCAGAUGGUCGCUUUCCUCCAGCUGCACUCGGAGGUUAAACCAAAAGUGGAGGUCUGGGAAUAUGCUCCUCUCUACGGCUGGAGGUUCCACCUCCAGAGACAACCAGAAGAUGUUUUCCGGCGACGCUGUUGGCGCAGGAAGCUCACUCCGGUGGCACCCAGCCUGGUGGCACCCAUUUUCUACUUGGAAGGCUCCUUGGGUGUGGAGGUUGGUGGCCAACUGAAAAAGAACAAAACUGAAGCUGGAAAGAAAGAUGAAAAAGAGGCAAUCGAAGUAGAACCCCCGGCUUCCCAAGGCCUUUUGAAGAUGAACACCCCUCUUCUCUUCUGCGUCUUCAAGAGUGAGUUCCCAGAAGCAUCUUUCUCCAGUUGA